GUCGUAAAAAAGUGGCCACUAUUUUACUUUAAUAAACAUAAAUAUUGAUAUCUUCAUAAGUAUUUAAAGCUAGGUAUAAAAAUAAUUGAAGUCAUCAACGAUGGCUUCCACAAGCUCCGAUAAUCAAUCCACAAUUGCGCAGAAAACAUGGGUAAUGGCCAACAGCAUCGAAACGGUGUCCAGUGUUGACGAAAUAUACCGCUACGAUAAGAAGCAACAGCAGGACAUCCUUGCCGCUAAACCAUGGGAAAAAGACCCGCAUUUCUUCAAAGAUAUCAAGAUCUCUGCUUUAGCUCUCUUGAAAAUGGUGAUGCACGCUCGCUCCGGCGGGACUCUAGAAGUUAUGGGGCUUUUAUUAGGCAAAGUAGAUGCAAAUACUAUGCUAGUGAUGGACUCAUUUGCUUUGCCUGUCGAGGGCACGGAGACUCGCGUCAACGCGCAGGCACAGGCUUAUGAAUAUAUGACAGCUUACAUAGAGGCAGCUAAACAGGUUGGCCGCCAUGAAAAUGCCAUUGGUUGGUACCACAGCCACCCUGGCUACGGGUGCUGGCUGUCCGGCAUCGAUGUCUCCACUCAAAUGCUCAACCAGAACUUCCAGGAACCAUUUGUGGCCAUUGUCAUUGAUCCCGUCAGAACUAUCUCGGCCGGCAAGGUCUGCCUUGGCGCUUUUAGGACAUAUCCGAAGGGCUACAAACCAGCUAAUGAAGAACCCUCAGAAUACCAGACCAUCCCGCUCAACAAAAUUGAAGACUUUGGUGUCCAUUGCAAGCAAUACUACUCCCUGGAAGUGUCCUACUUCAAGUCUUCUCUGGACCGGAGACUGCUGGACUCUCUGUGGAACAAGUAUUGGGUCAACACACUUAGCAGUUCAAGUCUGAUUACCAACGCUGACUACACAACGGGACAGAUCUUUGAUUUAUCGGAUAAGUUGGAACAGAGUGAAGUGUGCUUGGGUCGCGGCGGCUUCAUAGUGCCCGGCGCGGACCCCCACGAGAAGCGCACGGAGGACAAGCUCGGCAAGGCCACGAAGGACGCGUGCAAGACCACUAUCGAGGUCAUACACGGGCUGAUGGCGCAGAUGAUCAAGGACCGCCUGUUCAACGGCGUCAGCGGCCGGCCCGGCCCUGCCACGCCCAUGAUUGAGGACUCCUAGUGUACCAUAUAAGAUACUUAACUAAAAUAAUAUGUCAGCGUUGAAGUGGAGGGAGAUUUCUUCACUGCUACACCAGAGGGCCUAGCCAAGUGACAAUCGCUGAGACGUCAAUCGAAAGUGUAAUAAUAAAUGGAAAUGAUGACGUGCAUUUUUGUUGUAAGGUAGUUGGUACUGGUGCUCGACGCGGUCCUAGUACUUGUCAUCUUGAAACUAGUCUUUGUCAUUAGAGGUGACAGCCGGGUGUCAUGCAUCUAUUGGGCAUUAGCUUGUGGAGCACUAGUACCUCCUACUAGUACCACCCUUUCAUCCCGAUACGUUUUUCUUUUCUAUUGGCGUUUGUCGAUUGGCUUGGUCCCCAGCGCGAAAAUCAUAACCAAUUUUCGUUUUUUUUUCUCUGCGCGCAUAAAUACCUACCACAAACUUCUGAACGUGAUUGCUGUCAAGGCGUUCAGAUAUUUAUGAUCAUCCCUUGACUGUUGUGGUGUAUUGAUCUAUGUAUCUCUUUGUUGCACCUGUAUAUUAUUUUUAUUGUACACACAGAAAGUUGCAAAAGUACACACCGACUUUAUGAAUGAAAUUAAUUCAUAAAGUGGGUAUGCACAUUUUCAGCUUGCUGUAUAUUUGUCCAGUGUCUGUAAUAUUGACGUUGGGAAUAUUCAAGUUAAAUAACUUUGAUAUACUUACAGGUUGAUUGAAUAUUUCCAAAGUUAAUUAUAAACAUUCUAGUGUAUAAAUAUUAUUGUGAUUUUUGUAACAAAAACUUAUAAUAAAUAUGGAAAAA